AGUUCUAUUGUAGAAUAAGGAUUUCUAAAAUUUCAAAACACAGGUUUACCCUACUGACCCCUUAAAAUGAAAAACACUUUAUUUAUUGACUCUUCUCUAGUACUCCAGUGACACCUAUGUACAUCGCUUAUUAUUAUUACGGGACAUCUCGACAGGCAAAAUAUUAUAUGAAGGUAGGCUGGAAUAGUAGUUAGGUAGGAAUAGAAAGUAUAGAUAGAAUAAUAGUAUAAAUGUGUGCAAAUGGUAUAUAUGUUAUAGUUAAUAUUUUAAUGAAAAUUGUUGGCAUAACGUUAGAUAUUUUUAACUGAAACCUGAACCUGCUCGGCGUCAUUUCAUUAAAAUGAAAUAUCAAGAUAUUAAAUGCCCAAAUAAAAAAUUUCCUUUUAAAUCGCAAAAACGUAAUUUUACUCCGCUUGUACUAAAAGCUUACGAACUGUAUUUUGGUGUUAAAGUUGGGGAUCAAGACAAUGCAUGGACCCUUCAUAUCUGUUGUAUAACUGGUGUAACACUGUUAACAGCUUAGUUAAAAGGUUCAAAUCGUAAAAUGCCCAUUGCAGUGCCUUUCAUUUGGAGAGAACCUAAAGACCAUGUUACAGAUUGCUAUUAUUGCCCAACGAAUAUUAAAGGUAUUGAACCGAAGUCUAAACAGCUUUUAGACCCAGUGAACGAACUCCAAAAACAAAAUAUCGCCGAAAAACAUCGAUUGUAACAUUUUAAGUUCAAAAUUUCUAUAAAAUAUGCCUGUAAGUUAUGCGAUACCAGCACUUCCUUCCAAUUCAUCUCAGGAUGGAAUUCGAGAGACUAUGUUAUAUAGUGGAUCAAAGUUUAAAGGAUUCCAAAAGUCUCAAGGAAAUUCAUAUGACGUGGAAGUUGUUCUACAGCAUAUCGAUUUGCAAAAUUCAUUUUUAUGUGGUUAUUUAAAAAUUAAUGGACUGACUUUCGAAUUUCCAACUCUGACAACAUUUUUUGAUGGAGAAAUAAUAUCGAAGAAAUAUCCAUUUUUAACCAGAAAGUGGGAAGCGGAUGAGGAUGUGGACAAAGGGCAUUGGAGCAAAUUUGCCGCUUUUUCUGAGUAUGAAGAAUCAUUUAAUUCAGAUAAUUUUGACUUUAAAAAAUUGGCGAAUAGCGACUAUGUAUUCAUGCGAUGGAAAGAACAUUUCCUAGUGCCAGAUCAUACGAUAAAGGAUAUAAAUGGGGCGUCUUUCGCUGGAUUUUAUUAUAUUUGCUUUACAAAAUCUACUGGCAGAGUGGAAGGUUAUUAUUAUCACCGCUCAUCAGAGCUAUAUCAAUCUAUUGAAUUAGAACACAUAUCAGAAAAUUCUUCAGACGUGUAUGAAUUUAGAUAAAAUGAAUAGUGUAAUUUAUUUGUUAUCAUUAAGUUAUAUGUACAAUAAAUAUUUAUCUAAUAAAAAUAUUUCCAUAUAA